AUGAAAAGGAUCCUGUUGGCACUGAAUUCCAUCAAGGUGACACAGCAGACCCACUCCGAGUACUUUAGCUUGCUGCUCAGAAACACCGAAGAUGCCCCACUUGAUCCAGAGGGCCUGCCGGACUUGCCUUUUUCUACAGAACAGGACUUUGUGCACUUCGACAAAGAGCUGGAGGUCGACAAGAGAGCAAGGCUUCGUAUGAGUUUAAACAAUGUGAAUGCUUUAUGUGCCAGUGGUGAUAGAACGCUUAAGAACCACUAUGCUUAUGAAACCACACUAAGAUUACAACACAUGUUAGUUCAAGGAGGUGAUACACCUAAAGAACGGACCACCCGAAUUUUGAGAAGUAUACUAUCUUCAAGUGUCGCAGCCGAGUACAGCUGGUGUGGCGCCAAGGGAAAACACAAGUUUUCUGAUCUCAACAUCUGCAAGAUCCUGUGUAUCUUGCUGAACUUGACAACAACUUUUUUAUAUGCAGGCACCCUCACCUACCGUCAAAACUUGGAAGAAGCCAAGGCAACUAAGAAGGACAUAGAAAAAGCAGGCAUGUCGUGGCUCCGUCAUGCUGCUGAGCGGGCAGCGGCUGAAAAAAAGUCCAUGGGAAGGAAGGACGCCACACCAUUUACACUAGACUAA